CCAAAGUGUACAACCCUUUAAUGCCUGAGGCCCCAUUGCUUUUUGUGUCUUAGACUUUAUUCCAUUUUGUGUAAGAAUUAUAAGAAGCUCUUCUUCCCAUGAUCCAUCCCCCCAAAAGCCCCCCACACACUAUGGAAGAAACUCUUAGUAUAAAAUGGGAUGAUCAAACCACCUCUUCCACUUCCUCCACCACUACCACCACCCCUGUUGUUGCCACUGCUACGUCCUCGGGACCCAAAUUAGUGGCAAAAGAAGGCUCAAAGAGAGUUCAAGAAACCGAAAUUGGUACUGGUGAGACUAGCAAGAAGAAGGUUAAGAAAGGUGAUGAUGGAAAACACCCAAUUUACCGCGGCGUACGGAGGCGGAGUUGGGGCAAAUGGGUGUCCGAAAUUCGGGAGCCGAGGAAGAAGUCGAGAAUAUGGCUUGGGACCUUCGCAACGGCUGAAAUGGCUGCUCGAGCCCACGAUGUAGCUGCCAUUGCAAUCAAAGGCCAGUCUGCUCAUCUCAACUUCCCGGAGUUGGUCCAUGAGCUACCUAGCCCGGCUUCCAAGUCACCAAAAGACAUUCAAGCCGCGGCAGCCCAAGCUGCCGCCUUAGCCACACUUAGAAGCCAUGAAGCAGAAGCUGAGCUGAGCCAAGCUGAGUUGAUGAGCUCCCAAUCUUCCUCUGAUCAUGAGUCUGGAGAAUCAUCAAAUUCACCUCUAAGCAACAUUGAUGACCCAUUUUUGGACCUGCCAGACCUCUUCCUCGACUUCGGCCAUCAAAUGGAUGAGCGGUAUUACACACCGACAUGGCAGCGGAGCCGAAUCGAGCCAGUUUAUGAUGAGUUUUGGGCUGAAGAAGACCCUUUCUUAUGGGUUUACUGCUAGAGGUAGCUGUGAUGCCUCAAAUUGGCUGCACCAUUUGGCUGAAAAUUAUGUGUCCAAAUUGAUGCUUAAGUGGGAUCAAGAAAAUCAAGAAGAACAAGUUUGAUUAUAUAGAAACAUUACAAGUUGAUCAGUUUGGAUUUUCAUGGCUUGAAAGUGUUUGCUUCUCUGUGAACAUUACUCAUCCUUUAAAGGUUACAAGAUGUCUUGGUCUUCAUCUCCUAUUCAUGAUAUACAACAUUAAGGUAGUGUUUGAUUUACUAAAAUAAAAUUAAAAUAAAGUGAAAUAAAAUUAUCAUUUUUAAUC